GGCAGCUGGUGUGAGGCGAGGGCCAGUGUCCUUUAACUCCUCCUACCGCCUCCUGUCCGCCGUCCACCGACGGUCGCUCACUCGCUGCCCAGCAGCGGCAGGAUCAGCGCCCGCUCCUUACGCCUUAUACCCCUCGCCCCUUUUUCCUAGGUUUUGGGCUGCAGAUGCUGUCUGACGGCGAGCCGCAGCCCACAGCGUCAACACCCUCUGUGGCCAGUUUCGCAAAGUCCCAUAGCGUCCGAAGCUCUCGUGCCGCGCCGUCUACUAUCAGAACUGUUGUCACCGCUCCUCCCUGGGCGCGAGAUGAGCCACCCUCGCCCACAGAGGACGAUCCCCGGCCUGCAGCGUCACGAGAGAAUGUACAACGUCCAACAGACUCACGCCUCUCAGACGUAUUCUCCUACCAAUCCUCCAUUCCCGACGACCCCGGUCCGUCUCGUUGGUGGGCCUUCACGCGACAUCGACCAACAUCACCGUCCCAGUCGACCCCACUGACUGGACAGCCAACAUCGCCCGCGCGUAGCCGACCACUACGUGAAUGGGAAAGGUCGCUGUCUAUUCCUUGGUUGAGUCGCUCCCAACAGGGGAGCCCGGCGAUCCCGCAGGCGAAUGCCCCGAGCGGCCUGCACGGACAAGAGCAGGAACAACCAGACGACACAAUCCCUGCCGACCCUCUGCACGUUGACAUACCUCCUCCUCCGACCACACCUUACACCAUUGCGCAGAAUGCGACACCUGGUUGGGACAGUCCAUGGAGCGCACGUCCGCUGGACUUCACAAUCCGAAGUAACCGUUCGGGCGAAGAGGUACAGCGUUUGUCACCUGUGGACGAGCAUGAUAGCGAGAAAGAAAAAUUGGGAAACUGGGCCAGGAGGCGGAAGAGGAUCAGAGCUUACAUGUUGUACAACCCAUAUGUUCCUCUGCUUUUCCGCUUCAUCAACAUCGCCUUCACGGCAGCAGCUUUGGCUAUAGCCAUUCGCAUUCGUCAUCUGGAGAAGCGAAGCGGUAUCAUGGGCGCUGUCGGCUCGUCUCCAACCCUUGUCAUUAUCUUCGCGAGCUUGACGCUCGUUCACGUUAUGGUGGCCAUCUACACCGAAUACUUCGGACGUCCAGUAGGGCUGUGGCACACCUCCAGCAAGCUGGCCUACACCCUCAUCGAGGUUGUCUUCAUCUGCGCGUGGUCCGCGGCGCUCGCGCUCACCUUCGACAACUUCUUCACAUCUUUGAUUCCUUGCGCCUCACUGUCCAGCAUUUCUUGGUACAACGAACUCCCUCGAGCAACACUGCCCGACCUUACUGGGCAGCUGGGCAUAGAGGGGGAUCACAUCUGUGAUAACCAGCUCGCGCUCAUCUGCCUGGUCGGGGUGGGCCUUAUCAUGUACUGCUUCAACCUCGUCAUCAGCCUCUUCCGCGUCUUCGAGAGGAUCAAGUACCACACAGCGUCCGUGCUUCCGACAUGAUAGCGAACCACUUACGAACAUUCCCUUGCGGCACGCCCCUGCGUUCCUACGAUACUAGAUGCUUUAAUUCGCCAUCAUUUGCCGCAAGCAACAUACAUGUUCUGGUUGGAGACAUACACACA